AUGUCAUUUGGAGGAACGCCCAACUGCGCAGUGUGUGGGAAAGCGGUGUACCACAUGGAACAAGUUAUCGGUCCGGGACGCAAGAUCUAUCACAAGGCUUGCUUGAAGUGCCAGCAAUGCGGGAAGCGGCUCGAUCAGGGGUCUGUGGUGGAGCAUGAUCUCUCGCCCUAUUGCACUAGAUGUCAUACUCAAACUUUCGGCACUCGAGAUCUUCGACACGGAAACGUACAUAACCCCAGCUCAUCACCUCUUAAUACACCGCGUGUCAAAUCCCCUCCCUCUCCACCAAUGCCUGCAUCACCACGUCCUCUCCCCCGACCCCCUACGGCCAUCACGGAGUUCUAUACACCCCCUCGAAUGGAUGCACAGCGGUCAAUACCGAACGAUACACCAGUAUCGACUCCUGAUGCGAACACACCAAUAACGCGACCGGACUUUAGGUCGAGUCGACCAAUAUCGGUACCAUUUGCGGGUGGGACCAAGGCGCUGGAUGAGCGGGGAUUGCUGAGAAGAGCGGAGAGUCCGCGGAGCAAGGUUGGGGAGAAGAUUAUGGGGGAGGAGGCAUGUGAGGGAUGCCGGAAGAGGGUCUAUGCGGCGGAGCAGGUUAACGCUAUCGGAGCCAAGUGGCAUAGAUGGUGCUUGAAAUGUGCGACCUGCAAGAACACGGUCGACGCUAGUAAGGUAUCAGAUAAGGACGGUCAAGUGUACUGUAAGAAUUGCUAUGCCAAGAACUUCGGACCUGGCGGGAUUUUGGGGAAGAGAUGA